AUGAAAUCUUUUGAUGGGGAUAAGAUUUCUGAAGCCAUUACUAUUACAGGAAGUCGAAAUUUUACCAGAGAAACAUUUAGGAUUGAGAAACGAUUCCCUUGGAGGAAACAGCAAAACAGUCAUGGUAGGUAUGCUGACCAAACUAUAGUCUCUUACACUUGUGUAAGUCCUGCAGACACAGAUGCUGAGGAGACCUUAAACACUUUAAAGUUUGCAAAUCGUGCUCGCUACAUUCAAAAUAAAGCCAUUAUCAACUGUGAGGUCCAUGACCCAAUGAUAGCUCAAAUGCAAAGAAUGCAAAGCCAAAUUGAACAACUGCAGUCCGAGCUCCUUUUCCUUCUUGGAGACUCCGGUGGGUCUUUUGAGGAGCUUCAGAAGCACAAGAUCUCUUUGCUUGAAGCAAGCAAUGGAGAGCUAAGAGGGGAGCUGCAAGAAAGCCAAAUUGCUUGUGAACAUCUUGCGCAACGUGCUCUUGAUGCUCAGGAUGCGCAUUUGCAUGAGACCCCACAACUUCCUCCACCAGCUCGGCAUCCACACCUUGUUGUCUUGCACAAUGAGUGUCUAUUGCAAGUGCAACAAAGUCCAGAAGCAGUUGUUCUUGUUGUAAAGUCAAAAACAUACCUUUUGAUUUUGUUGUAG